ACGCAGCCGAAGCAGCGAGAGGGGGAGAGAAGGAGGGACGCUGAGUUGACAGUGUGACAGACUUACACAGAGACUCGUUGGAUUAACCGUCGGCCGGUUGUGUGUCCGUCGGUACGGAGUGUUAAACUGACCGCCUGUGAGCCGGUAGAGCCCGCAGCUGAGCGCCCUCAGACCCGCACAGUGCCGCAGCUUUACGGGGAGCAGAUAGGACGGCUGGCGCUGCUUCACAUUCCUCUGAGAUAAGGAGAAGAUGGGAUUGAAUUGAGGGGAGCAUCAGCAGCGCAGCAGGACCAACCUCUGUGAAUAUUUAUUGUCACCAUCCAGCAAGGAAUCUCAAUCGUCAAAUCACUGACGCUGCCUCAGCAGACCAGCAGCUGAUCUAGAAUCAACCGAACAACUGACACAAAAUUCACCAAACUUCAACCUACUGAGAAGGAGAUGGAGAACUGACCGGAGAGCAGCAGGCAACAGAAGGCAGCUUCUCCCGCCGCCCACCAGCAGCCAUGGCGGGGCUCAAACGCCAUCACGAUGGGAAGAUUGCCGGGCUGUAUGACCUGGAUAAGACGCUGGGCCGAGGACACUUUGCUGUUGUCAAACUGGCCCGGCACGUAUUCACUGGGGAAAAGGUCGCAGUGAAGGUGAUAGAUAAAACUAAGCUGGACCCGGUGGCUCGGGGGCACCUUUUCCAGGAGGUGCGAUGCAUGAAGAUGGUGCAGCACCCCAAUGUUGUGCGCCUCUAUGAGGUGAUCGAUACAGCCACCAAGCUCUACCUCAUCCUGGAGCUGGGAGACGGAGGAGACAUGUACGACUGCAUCAUGAAGCAUGACGGAGGCCUCACUGAAGAGGUGGCCAAGUGCUACUUUGCCCAAAUCGUCCAUGCCAUCUCCUACUGUCACCGGCUGCACGUGGUGCACAGAGACCUGAAGCCGGAAAAUGUGGUGUUCUUCGAGAAGCAGGGCGUCGUAAAGCUCACCGAUUUCGGCUUUAGUAACCGCUUUCAGCCCGGGAAAAAACUCAACACCUCCUGUGGCUCUCUGGCCUACUCGGCUCCCGAAAUACUGCUGGGGGACGAGUACGACGCUCCUGCUGUGGAUAUCUGGAGUCUGGGGGUGAUCCUUUUCAUGCUGGUCUGCGGUCAGCCCCCCUUCCAGGAGGCAAACGACAGCGAGACGCUCACUAUGAUCAUGGACUGUAAAUACACGGUGCCUCCACACAUCUCCCAUGCAUGCCGAGACCUCAUAGCUCACAUGCUGCAGAGGGACCCCAAGAAACGAGCCACCCUAGAGGAGAUCGGGGCCCACGAGUGGCUCCAAGGUGUGGAUCCCUCCCCGGCCACCAAGCUGUCCACACCUCUGGUGUCCCAUCGCAGCCUGUCAGAGGAAGAGCACGGCUCCAUCAUCCAGCGCAUGGUCCUGGGAGCCAUCGCAGACCGAGACGCCAUCACUGAGGCUCUGGAGUCAAAUCAGUACAACCACAUCACAGCGACAUACUUCCUGCUGGCUGAGAGGAUGCUGAGGGAGAGGCAAGAGAAGGAGCAGCACAGCCAGACACGAUCACCCAGCCCCAGCAAGGCUCAAUUCAGGCAGUCCUGGCCCACCAGAGUGGACGUUCAUCAGGAUGUCAGUGAUGGCUUGGGGGGUCCAGCUAUCUCCCACCCUGGGGGCCCACAGUCACCUGCCCGCAGUGCAGAGAGCCUCCACAAAGGCCCCAGGCCCAAAACAGCCCUGCUUGACCUCAGCCAGCGGCAGGAGCCCCACCUCUCUGCUGCCAGCCAGCAGUCUGCGCGUCACAGCCAGGAGAGGGGGCUCAGGCCUCUGGGGAAGCCCCACUCCAACCCCCUCAGGCUGGGUUCUCUGACCUCAGUGGGCCCCUGCAAACCUCGCAGCCCAAGUCUCUUCAGCGUGGAGGAGGACGAGGAGGAGGAAGGGGAGGAGGACAGAUGUUUAUCUCCCUCAUCACUCCCUGCUCAGGUGGUGCUGCGCUGCAAAGCCUCCUCCUCAUCGUCUUCUUCUGCGAACCGGCUGACAUCCCGCAUGAGCGCCCCAGUUCUUAACCAGAUCCACGAGGAGGAUAAGGAGGAUGAAGAAGAGGAGGAUAGGAGGGAGCACGGAUUCGGCCCGCCCAAACCCAGCCUGAGCCUCAAUCUGAACUCUAGAAUCCCAUCGCCGCCAACACUCAUAUCAACGCCUAAAACUGUGGGUGUAGCAGCACCGGUCGCUGCUUUCACCCCCAGCUCAGAGACGAGUGACGAUGACACAGAGAGUCACCAUAAACUGGACACAGCAACUGUGGUUGGGCAGGAGGAUGAGAGAGGAGGGGGGAAGGAUGAUGGAGAGAAAAAGGGGUCAGGGGAGGGCAGUCCCUCCAACUGUGCCAGUCCUGGAUCUGGUUCAGGCCAAGGCAAGGGAACAGCCAAAGCUGCCAGCGGCCUGGUGGAAAGCCUGAAGCUGAUGAGCCUGUGUCUGAGCUCUCAGUUCCACACCCUGACAGGGGGAGGAGGGGGUGGUGGCGGCGGCAGCGGAGCCGUAGUUGCUGGGGAAACGCAGGACCGUCCCAUGUGGAGGAUGUGCAUGGGCGGCUCCACUGGGAGCCUGGAUAAGGUCUCGCUCCUGGGGGGCCCCUCACCCAGGGGUAACCUGUACCACCACCAACCCCCACUCGGAGACCCGCUCGCAGACCCACUGCUGGAAGGGCCCUGCACCGCCACACUGAGGCUCGGGGAGCUGGACCUGGCAAGGGAGAACCACAGGAACAUGAAGAACCGUGUGCUGCAGCUGCCUCUCAAUGACAAGACUCUGUCCGUCAACAUCCACCGCAGCCCCAAGGAGGGCCUGCUCUGCACCCCCACCCCUCACAGCUGCUGCCAGGUCAUCUAGAGCGCACACCGCCGCUCCAUCAGCUGCUGCACCUCCACACUCCUCCACUCUCAUCUAAACACCUCUCAUCCUCCUGCUUCUGUUUCAGCCAGGUCGCCACUGGCUCAUGAGUUUGUUAUUUUUGCAUUUUAUGCCGUUUACUAUUAUUUAACAAUAUUGGUGGAUCACUGGGAGAAAGUCCAAAUGCCUACUUUGCACAUUUAGAGAUGCAAAAAGUCUCCAUGGAGGAGACCAGGUGCCAUGCCAAGUAUGUGAAGCACUUUCAGCAGAUUAAACAGGACACUAAAGGGACAUUUGAACCCACUGGUGUGUUUAAAUAAGCGCUAGUAAGUAUGGACACACACUGUAAAAUCUGACAAGUGAAUUUUAUUUUAAAAAAUCAAGGAAAUUGAUGUCCUUGA